AUGGAGGAGAGGUUGAUUAUUGCUGUGGCGGGUUUCCCAAUAAUCUACGACAUGUCCCUGUUUGCAUACAGGGACAUAAAUAAAAAAAAUGAUGUAUGGACCAAGGUGUCUGAGAUUGUUGGUGUUCCUGCCCAGAGAAUAAAACACGAGGAACAAGGAGAGUUUAUUGAAGAAACUGAGAAGAACGAAGAAUUGAAUGAAGAUGAGGAGAAAAAUCACGUCAAAACUGGAGAAAAACCUUUGAGUUGCUCUCAAACCAAACAGAAAGAUUUAAAGAAAAGUGGAGCCAAGAAAUCUUUCACCUGCACUCAGUGUGGAAAGAGCUUGACAAGCAAAUGUAGUCUUGAGCGUCACAUGAGAGUUCAUACUGGAGAGAAACCAUUCACAUGUGAUCAAUGUGGGAAGAGUUUCACACAAUCAGCACACCUUAAGAAACACAUGAACAUCCACACUGGAGAAAAACUGUACUCAUGUGAUCAAUGUGAUAAAACAUUUUUGAGCGCUUCAGUCCUGAAGAAACACCUGACAGUUCAUACAAAGGAGAAGCCAUAUUCAUGUUAUUUGUGUGGAAAGAGUUUUUCACGUUUUUCAAUUUUGAAAGAACAUCAGAAUAUACAUACUGGUGUGAGAGAGUACAUGUGCUUUGAGUGUGAAAAGACGUUUACUUCAGCAAAGUGUUUAGAACUGCAUGAGAGGAUCCACUCUGGAGAAAAACCUAAUAAGUGUUCCCACUGUGACAAGAGAUUCAGUGAUUCAGCAACUCUGAAAACACAUGAGAGGAUCCACACCGGAGAGAAACUGUAUCACUGCACUGCAUGUGGGAAGCGUUUCAAUAAUUCAUCUGCUCUACACAGUCAUACAAAAAACAGAGACCCUCUCGAAACGCGUUUUGAGUAG